ACACGCCAACCAGAGAGCUUCCUCCAGGGGCACUGGCCACCAACGAUCCAAGCGACAUGUCCCCUGCUGUUGCCCGUGAGGUGAGCAUGCCCCAGCUGGCCACAGCUGGUACCACGAUUAGCCUGGCAAUCUUGGAUUGCACGUUGUAGGUCCAUGGCGAACGGGUGCAAGUUUACCUGAUCCGCUUAUCCACAUCGAGUCAAAAGGCCAUCGAGAUGUCUCCUCGGCUAAGUACCCCAAGCCUCCAGCAGUUCGUGCCUCGCAGCGCCUCCCGACCGCUCCGAGUCCCUGGUUUCGGAGCCUGGUUCGGAUAACAAGACCACCAAUCGCGCCUUGGAUAGAUGACUGUCGCUCUCGCACCAACUGUGACGUCCCUUUGACCUAGAGGCCACAUUGCGCGCUGAUUCGACGGAGUUAUACAAAGUGUGUGCUCGAUCUCGGUGUAACUCGAUGUACUGGAGGUAAAGGAACCCCUACCAGUCUGCUGCCAUGGGUUCAGGGACAUGAUCUGCAUGAUGGCCGGGCAUGUCACCGCAUAACUUUCCAUUCAUGGCUGUGAAGCAUGAUGUCCAUCCGCAUGAGUUCUCACGAGCCCUUCUACGCAAGCAGCAGCAAUCCAGGAACGGAACAUGCGUACCUACUUCAGGAGCGUCGAGCGUGCGGAGCCAAGGAGGCUGCAUCAUUCACCCAUUGUAUGUAGUCCUUUGUGCGGGCCAGGUGUCCGACUCUCACACACACGCAUAUCAAAUCUGGGCUGCGGCCGUGCCUCGACUGAUUUCCACCACUCCAGCCAAGUCUGCUACCGGUCACCAUGCCAAGGCAGCUGUCCUGUCAGCGUUGAACCUUGUGCUGGGGGAAUAUCCCCUGGACGGGCUCUGGGUCAGGUCGAGGCCCACCAACAGGAGGAGCCCGGCACAUUGGCAGUUUGUCAAAGGCGGCACGCUGACAUUGAUGACUGCCUUGUCAACGAAGCUUGGCUUGGCGGCUGGGCCGCCACCACGACCGAGGUGGGCCAAAGCGCAGCAUUGGCACCAAGGGACAGCUGCCCGCCUACUAAGUAGCCUACAGACGUACCUGGCGCCUCCUGUCCGAGUCAUGGCCGUGAGAUAUCCAUUCACGAUGAGACCCUCGACCUCGACGCUCGCAGCUAUUCUGGGCGGCCGAUUCCAUCGUCUGCCUUCUUUUCCAUCACCGCGGCGUCGUGCUCAGGGCAGCCGACGUCCGCGCGCGGUCGGGCCAGACGUCUGUCAUCCCCCCGAGACAAACCGUGUCGAUUGUGCCGCGCUUAGACGUCCAACACGCGCGUGCUGUCGAGGGUCAAUAGAGUUGGCUAAUGGGCAGGACGACGAGAAACGACAUGGGAAAACCCGUAAGGCUUGUGUCAGGCGGCAUCGUAUGUCCACCGCCGGCGAGAGGCAGUCAGUCCUCGAUCCGGCGAGCCUCGCCGGACGGAUCCGCCAGCGCGAUUCGAGCGAGCAAGAAAAUGCUCCAGCGACGAGUUCGACCCGUCCAUGGCCCUAA